AUGACACUGUCGAGCGUGUUCGUGCAGCAGACCGUCCUGGUCGGGGUGCUGAUGAUGAUGGCUGUGCAGACGCCCUGUGGUAUUCGAGCGGCCAACAUACUGGCCGUCGAAACAGUGCCGGGUCGCAGCCACUGGAAUUUUAUGAGCGCCGUGCUCCGAGCGCUGGCGGAACGCGGCCACAAGGUGGUGGCGUUCACGUCUUACCCGUCGACCGCGGGCGUGCAGGACGCCGACAGCAACUAUACCGAAGUGGAUACGUCGGCGGUGUUGCGGCGGCACGCCGGCGAACAGGCGUCCCACGUGCUAGGGGACUACAGCCGGCUGUCGUACAUCGUGCCGUCCGUGGUCCGGUGGAGCCGGGAUUUUUGCGACGCGGUGUACGGCAUGAAAGAGAUCCGGGCGCUUAUGGCGAACCGCACAGAGGCGGCCGCCGAGUUCGAUCUGCUGGUCAUCGAGCCACUGGGCUCGGAGUGCGUGUCUUAUCUGGCCGCCACUGUAGGGCUACCCAUGGUGUACGUGAUGCCCACGCCCAUGAUCUCGUACAUUCAACCGUCCGUAGUCGGUCAUUCGGCCAACCCGGCGUACGUGCCGCAUCUGUUGUACGGUUCGUCGGUUCGGGCGUUCUGGCAACGGAUGGCCAACACGGCCGUGUACUCGUACGGCCGGCUGGCCCGUUGGUACGCUGAGAGAACGGCCACCCGGCGUCCGUACGACGUCGGCGAGCCCGCCAAACCGUCCAUAGUGUUUGUCAACAGCCACCAGGUGACAGAGCCUGCAAUGCUGUUGCCUUCGAACGUCAUACACGUGGGGGGCAUACACUUGGAGAAACCUCGGAUCUUGCCGCCAGUAAGUAUAAAAUACACAUAUUAUAAAUUGUACUGUAUACGUGUUGUACAAAAUAAGACGGACACAGAUUGGGUGUCGACACCCAACAGGCCGAAAUAAUAAAAAAAACGGUGGACUAAAAAAAAUCGAUUUUAUACAAAAAAAUAAGUAAAGCCAUAUUCUAUACCUAUUUAUAAAAACAAUAAUUUAUCAGGUACAUUUUAAUGAUAAACCAUGGAGAAAGGGAAACUAAUCAAUUUUUUAAACAUCUAAAAUCCUUAUUUAUAAAAAUAAGAAUAAUAAAACAAAUUAAUUCAAUUAAUCAGUGGCGGAUCUAAAAUCUGGGAACUCUGGGUCAGCUAUUUUAAAGAGGCCAAUUUCUAGGGCUAAUAAUUAGUACCGAGGGCACACCCAAAUUUUUUUUUUUUAGGAGGAGAAGUCUUGAAGCUAAAUAAAAUUAUUAAGGUGACCCAGUAUGGUUGAUAAAAAUAUAUAUUAUAAUGUCGGUAUAGUAUUCCACACAAAAUAUUCAGUAUGCUUAAAAAAGUAUUUAUUUUAAAAAUACUUUUUUACAGUUCUAUUCAAUAUUGUAUUCCGAGUAGUUUUAAAAGUAUAUUUUAUUCCUUGAAAUAUUAUUUUUCUCAGUCUUGUUUCAGUGUAUUUAAUGCUCAACUUUAGGAUGCGUGUUUUAUUUUGAAAACACUUUAUCGUUUAGUAAAAGUGCUUUGAUUUGAUAUUUUUUUUGAUUUUCGACGCCAUUUUUUAAAUAAAAGCACUUAAGUGGGAAAAAACGUACAAUUUUACGAUUUCAUUAUAUCUAAAAAACAUGGACGACGUUUUCUACCAGAAAAUAAAUGAUUUAAUCGAAAAGACACAAGAUACUUAUUUUGUUGCCUUUUUGAUUUGCUUUCUUGCGGUAUCAGCACCAAAACUUUUGAGACAUUUUUGAGCUUUUAAGGAAUUUUAAUUUUUAGGAGUUAUUUUGCUGUAAUUCGGUUAUUAAUACACGCAGAGACUUGAAACUUGGUAAUAAUAUUUAUGCUGGACUUACCUAGACGUGGUAAAAUUUCUAAAAUCAUCAGAUGACUUUUUAUUUUUAAUAAGUGUUUUGAAAUCAAAUUUAAACGAAAAUCGCAAAAGAAAUUACGUCACUUCAAAUUACCGAACUGCGCUUGAAAUCGUCUUUCGUCAAGCAAUGUUUUAUCGUUGUUUACAGAUAUAAAUGAAAUAAUCUUAUUUAUCCUAUCUUCUCAACUUCUCACCUAUAACAGUGGCCGCUCCCAUCCCUAAUAUCAGCUCAUUUUUUAAAUUAGAGCAGCGCAUUUUCACGUAUAGAGCUACGAAAAAUAUUAAAAUAUGUCCAAACGCACGCUAAAGUAAUUUAUGAUCUCUACUGGUAGUUCAAUCAGUUUUUAUUUUCAAGGGUUUAAACUUGUACAUUGUGACAUUUGUAGACACUAUUUAGAUCCCAACCGACCAAGACUAACUGAAACAUAUAACCGACAUUAGCCAGUUAAAUUAUAUUGGCAUUAUGCGUCACACUUCUAGACACUACAUAGGUAAAGGUAGGAACUAUUUCGAUAUCAUAAUAAACCUAAAAUGGACCGAUUCACUGUCCAAAAACAUUAAUUUUCAUAAUUUAAUGUACCUAAUAAUUUUCUAUCAUGUGCAUUACUGUGUACAUUUGUUCUGAUAGUAAUUUAUUGUGUAAUUUUUUAAGUACGAAAAUCCAGAGAACUCUAAAUCGCCAAAGUCUAAAACUUCUAGCACUACUAUACAGAAAAAAAUUAUAAUAGUAAUCCAAAUACAUACUUUACUAUUAUUAUUUUAUUUUUUCACUGGGGACAAACACUUUCUGUGAGCAUGUCAAUUUUCUAAUUUUCCGCACAUAAAAUAAAAUAAUAUUAUUAACAACUAUACUAUUUAAGCAUUAUAAUACAAACUAAUCAAGUUCGGUUGUUCAAAAUGACAUUGCUAAAUUGAUAAAUAAAUGAAAAUAACACGUGAUAAUACUAUUUAUGAUAUUAAAUAAUUUGAGUAUUAAUAAUAUAAUUAUAGAAUUUAUUUAAUUCAAUAAUACAACAAUAUCAAUGUCACAGGAAAUAUUUUAAUACAUUAGAGGUAUAUACCCAUCUCUCUCUGAUCAUCAGUCAUCACUUAUUUCAUGAUUGUUGGUUACCUAGAUAUAAGUAUCUAUUGUCCUAAUUUCAUUUUUAAUAUUAUAUUUUUAUUACAUAAAAAUACAAACAUUAGAUAUGUACCUAAUCAACAGUGAAUUGUUCACGUGUUGUUAAGAUACGUGUCACUGAUGACUGGAUACCUAUACCUACUUUAAAUUAGUAAAAAUAGAGUAUAAGUUACUUAUUAUAAAUAGGUACCAGCGAAUUGUUUAUACAUAAUAUUUACUUAGAUUAUUUCACGGGUGUUAAUCAUGACAAUAGGUACUCGAUGUUACUGUCUACGGUAUUUCGUAUUUUUAAAUACACACUUAAAACUUCAUUAUAUAGUUAUUUGUAUUAAUUGCGUAUCUAUAAGCAUGCUUUAAAAAGUCUAUUACAACCAUUUUUUUCUCGCUACUUUUAGACACUUUAAGCGACUCUUUGGAUCAAUUAAGCUCAAACUCGGAAAUUAAAGCUGUUUUAUAGGUGGGUUGAAAUGAUAAAAAUCAAAUGUUUGGUUGAAUCUCAUCAUGUUGUUACUAUUGAACACUCCUACUAAAAUUAUGAUAUUCGGUUAUUUAUUAUUUUGUAAAGAAUAUUUACAUAAUACGAAAUAGGUGUGUAGAAAUUCGACUGCAUAAUGACAGAGAAUGUUCGAAUUUGAAAAAUAGAAGAGGGACUAUAAUAUUUCGAGACAAAUUAGCGUUCCUAGCAAUUACUUAAUGUGACCAGUGGCAGGCUAUGUCUCUCGACCCCCCUCCAAUACACCACUUUUCAAAUAUAAUUCAAUAAUUCAAAACUAAUAAAAGAACACAUUCAAAAAUAAUAUUCUUGCUACUAUUAGUUUAAUUAAGAUUUUUAAAGACAUUUUAAAUGUGUAAAAAUGCUUCGAUUUUUUUAUAUCACUCCUAAAACAACGCAUAUUUUUUUGAUUUGUGGUACUUCAUUUAAAACAAAUUUCGUAAAAUCGUAAAAUUCUUAUAAAACCUUGUAUAUGUAGUAACCGUAGUUAAGUAACAUUUCCGUAAAAACAUUGUAAAACACGUGAUGGUAGAUAAGUAAAAUCAUCGAACAAAUUUAAAAAACUAACAUCGAUUGUGAAUACAUCGGUUCCAUUUUUUUAAUUCUGGGUUACCUUGACUAUGACAGAAAAAACACGAAUAAUACUAGUUAUUAUUAUAAUACUCUACCGACCACCAAUUACAAUCGUGUUUUUAUUGCAAUGAUUUCAGACGCGUAUCUUGGACCUUUUCUGAGGGGCGAGGACAUUUAAUUUUGUUUAUAGUCCAUAUUUCUUUUUAAUAUACAGAUAUACAUUUUUAAAAAGAGUUAGGUUUUUUACCGGUCAAAAUCUGUUAUAGUCAUUGGUCAAUUGAUGGGAUUUUAACAAAAUUAAGUCAAUAUCUUCUCAAAAAUUGCUGGUAGAAAAAAGUUGUUCACAAAAAUAACAAAUUAAACAUUAUUGUAAAACCAAUACAUUCCUCACUCUACAGCUCCAGUGUUCCAUUCAGAAUCUAAAAUACACAAAAAGAAGAUAGACAAAAAUGCCCAAAGAUGUAAUGUAAUUUAGUUGAAAAUAUUCGUAGAGAAUAAAUUUGGACACAAAACUUUUAUUUGCCUUUUCUAGACGUGGAAUAAUUAUUGAGCUAUUUAAAGAAUUUUGUUUGUGUGUGUUUUACGUACAAAUGUUUAAAAAAAAACAGAAAUACAUGAAAAUUUAACAGGAGGUUCGUUAUAAGUUUUGUUUAGUGGUCAAAAAAGAAAAUUUGAGUGUAAUGGAGGAAUUUUUUAUAAUUAUUUUAAGAACAAAUUUUGAAGAAAAUCGUAAGUAUUACGGCUUUACAAAUCAUAUGUAGGUACACGAAAUUAAUUCAUAUUAUAAACGUUUUUGUUAGCAUUGGUUUACAGAUGUAAAUUGAAUAGCUUUUUAGUCAUUAAGAGAUGAAAAUAAAACUUUAAUUUUUCUCUAAAUAGAUGUCCCCUCAAAAAAAGUAGAUUGAAAAAAAAAAAUGUUAAAAAUGAAAUGUUAAUAACUUUAGAAAAAUGCGUCAAACGCGGUGGAACAUCCUGUAUUUGUACUCCAUAUUAUAUCAUUGCUGUUAAUACCUACUUAGUAUAAUAAUUGGUAGGUACUUAGUUUCAAAAUGAAAUUCUACCUCAAAAAAAUUAUUUUAAUAGGUACUAAAUUAAUUGAUUUGACAGUAAGUAUUUUGUUUUAACCUCUCUUCAAGUACCUACCUAUAAGUAUACUUAUAUAUUAGCUACAUUAUCACUUAUAUUAUAUUGUUAGUAAAUAGUUAACAUCGGUAAUAAUAAUAUGAAAUCGCUAAUUAUUCUUAGGUAGUUAAUUUGCAUAUAAUCUUACGUAAUUACAAAUGUUUGUUUCUUUUGAUUCUAAAUUAUUAAAACCUUACUAUUAUAAAAUAAUUAUUUUUUAGAAGAUUCAAGAAUUCAUUGAUAAUUCCCCUCACGGUGUUAUAUAUUUCACAUUCGGAUCGGUGAUAGCCAUGUCAACUUUACCAGAACACAUUCAAAAUACAUUUAAAAAUGUUUUCCGACAAAUUCCUCAGAGAGUUUUAUGGAAAUACGAAGGUGAAAUGGAAGAUAAACCGAACAACGUGAUGACAGGCAAUUGGUUUCCUCAACGAGAUGUUCUCUGUAAGUCUGUUUUUCUUCCCAGCUAUUUGGAGUGGGUGACCCUCAUCCUAGACUUUGAUUUGAACCAAUCUCGUAUAUCAUCUUCGCAUACACCCAUCGUCUCUCUGUACGUCUGUUGUGUAAUAGUUCUAAGAAAAUCGCGCUUAGGUUCCACGUUUCUAUAGUAGCAGUACCUACCGAAAAGAAUCCAAACAUUCUCAAAAAAAAAAAAAAUUCAAUGGUUAUUUAAUAAAAGGGAUAAAAUUCAACAACAGGAACUGAGUGUAGAAGUAGUACUUAUGAGUUUUCAUAACCCAACACAAUGAGUUAAAAGUAGAGAUAUCUAGAAGAGUACAAAAUGGCAGAAAAAGGCUAUUUUGGUGCUAGAACCUUUCUAAAAUCCUAAUCUACAUAUCAUUAAACGCUUAAAAAUUAAAAUGUAUAGAUACCGCAUUAAUAGGUCCUAUCAUUCUAUAUAGAUCAGAAAAAUGGGCACUAAGAAAGAAAAAGAGAAUAAGACUAGAUAUUUUUGAAAGAAAAGUACCUACUAAGGCAGAUUUAUGACCCAUAUCAUACUAAAUCAUGAGGAGCUCUAAAAUCUGUUCUAAAGGCCAUGUACCUAUAUUAAGGAAGGCACAAAAAGGAGGCUAACAUGGGCCGGACAUGAUUGAUGGAAAAAUGGCUCAAUGAUAAAAGCAGUGAUCUUCAUCACAGGAAGAUCCGAUAGGGAAAAGACCUCUAGGGAGACAUCUCCUUAGAUGAGAAGACUAAAAAGUAGUAGACCCUAGAGCCAACUGAAGAUAGAUAACAAUAGGUAGAGAAAAAUGAAGAAGAAUUUGUUUUUUAGGAUUCUCUUAAAAGCCGAAAUACCCCAAAAGAAAAACUUACCUCCCUUUAAUUUUUCCACUGUUAAGCACGCUGAAUACAUUCUGUGCACAUGCACAUAAUACACAAUUUUAGGCUAUGCUAUUGGUAUUUACUCCGAGCCCCGAAAAUCCCCAGAACAACUCUGUUGGUACCAAAUUAAAUUUUGCAGGCAUACGAAUAUUAAUAACCAGGUAAAUUUGUUAGGUGUUUCAAAUUGUUUUUGAAAAAAAAAACAUUCCAUUUUAUUUUUAAAGUUUAAUACCUACUUAUUAUUAUUUUUUUAUUCAAUGAUUCUAUAAGGAAAUAUUUUGUAACUUAGAUACUAUAUAUCUAAAAUAGUACUACCUAUAUAGGUAUUUACUUAUAUAUAUUUUGUACCUGGGAAUGUAAUAGCUGAAAUAAAAUUCGCGAUUUAAGAUAUAGAUAUUAUACAAAUUUUUUUUUUUUUAAAUUAUUACUAUUACGAAUGGGAUGUCUAUGAUAUUGUAUUUUUGUAGAAUUGAGUUAUUAAACAUAGGAAUAUAUUAUCAUUGCCAAUAAAAUAUAUGACUUUUCUAGUUCUUACAUUACCGGUUCAUAGGUAUAAAAAUAAAGGUAUGUACACAAUAGGCAAAUUUUUAAUAUUACAUUUUUGUAGGUACCUAGUUCUUUUAGGAAAAUGUCUGUGUAUUAAAGAUAAUAUUUUAACAUAACCAACAACGUCGUUCAUAUUAUUUUAGCGCACCCAAAUGUGAAGUUGUUUAUAAGCCAUGGCGGGAUAUCCGGUGUUUAUGAAACAGUGGACGCGGGAGUUCCAGUUCUAGGUUUUCCACUGUACUAUGAUCAACCAAGAAAUUUGCAAAAUCUAGUAGAUGCGGGCAUGGCGAUAACAAUGGAAUUGAUGUCUGUCACUAAGCAACAGUUUUUGUACAACAUCAAAGAACUUUUAUCUAAUACAAAGUGAGAUCCUGAAAAAAUACCUACCUAUACUAUUUGUGAUUUAAUGCUUUUUACAUUUACAAAUACCUAGCUAUACAAAAAACGCUAAAAUAACCGCGAAUCGUUUCAAAGACCGACCAAUGACUCCUCAAGAAUCAGUUGUUUAUUGGACCGAAUAUGUAAUUCGUCACAAUGGUGCACACCAUUUGAAAUCUGAAGCACUUAAUCUUACAUGGUACCAAUACUUAUUGUUAGAUGUAAUUUCCGUUGUAGCUGUAUUGUUCGUAGUCUUAAUUUACUUGAUGUACAAAAUGUCUACAUUUUUUUAUUUAUCUACAAUAAAUUAUUUAAGUGGUUUGAAAAGAAAGCAGGAAUAAUAGAUAAAAUUAUAAUUUGAAAAUGUUUACAUCUAAUAUUCCUCAUAUAAUUUUAAAUUAGAAUAUAUAAUAUUAAUUUAAAAUUAUUUAAUAUGUUUAAAUAUGAAUACUCAACAAUAUUAAAUAUUAAUUUCUAUUGUAUGAUUUUUUUUUUUCAUUAUUUUUUAUAAAAGAAAAUUUGUACAAAACGAUAGGUAAUGUAUACAUGCUCACCAAUGCUGUUCUUAAGUCAUUGUUGAGUCAACAUUAUUUUAUUGAAGAUUUCUCUGUAGUUAGAGGAAAUUAAAUAAAAAAAACAUGAAAGAAUAAGGAAACUAUGUCAUAUUUUUAAUAAAUAUAGAAAGUAAUAUUAUGUAACUUUUUAAACAGGUAGUGGAUUUUAUGUUUAGAAUACUUCCUAUUUUUAUAUUUUAUUAUUCAAACAUAAGGUAUUUUUAAAUAAACUGACAAAGAUUAUAUUAAAAAUGGAUUAACAUUUAUUUAUUUAACUAAAUAAAAAUAUAUAUUUUUAUUAAUUAAUGAAAAUCACAGAUAAAACAUCAAAUUAUUUACUAGAUGACAUUUUACUUCGUUUUCUCAUAACAGCCUUUUUCUUUUGUUGGUCUCUUUUAUACUUGGCUCUGACUUCAGUUUGAAUAUCUUUUUUGUGUUUCCUAACUCUUCCUCUCAUGUCUUUUUUAUCUUUUCGUUUCUUCUCCUUAUAGGUGGUACGAAUCAUCUUCAUCAAUGCUGAAACUUGUUCUUCGUGACCAUCUCUAACCACAGCUACCCGUUGUUUUUUCAAAUCUAAUUUAGCAGUAGCCAAAGUUUUAGGUUUAUCAACAUACGGUAACUGAGCUUGUAAACUCUUGGAUAGUUUGAGAGGCUUGAAAUAUUUCAUAGUUCUAUGUAUUGGCUGUAUAAAUGUAGAAACAAGUACAUGAGUGAGAAAAUAAAUAAUAUAAUAAAAUCAUAACUAUAAAAAAAAUUGUAAUAUAACUUACAGUAUACGUAGAAUCAUUUUGUGGAAGUCCCUUAAUGCCUUGUUCUCUUUUUAAUUGUCCAGUAGUUUUCAUACCACGCCAUGAAUUUUUUUCAUUUAAUGGCAAAAGUAAUGAUGUAACUGGGUUAUAAAGUUUUGGAACUUCAACAUUAUACCAUGUACGACAAAACACAAUAUCUGAAAACAAAAAUAAAAAUGUAUCAAUUAUUAUAUUAUUUAGUAUAAGCAAAUCAAUGCAUACCACUAAUUUUAAUUUUAUCUUCAAAAGUUGCUCUGAAUGAACCUUCAGGUUUAGGACAAGCUUUCUUAAUCUGACCUCGAACACCAGAUACAGUCUUAAUACGAGCUCCUUCAAAUUUGGUCACUUCCAGAGUGGAAUUGAACAUAUCUUUAAUAAAUGCUGUUCGUUUGUAAAUUUUCAAUGGACUUCCAGUUAAUUUCAAUUUUUUAGUAACCUGAGUUGAUUGGUCCGUAUCGACAACUGUCCCAGUAGCUGUUAUUCUGAACCCAGCCU